GUUGUAUACGCUGCUGCUUGACCAUCCCAGCCUUCUAAUCGCAGGGCCUAUGUCCGCUGAAGUUUCGUGUGACGUGUAGUUGCGGGUAGUCGCAGUGGACGCCUUUCCCUUUCCAGUGGAAGAGGCUUUGGACGAUUGCGUCCAGUUUCGCCUGAACAGACAAAAUUGAUCGAGCCUACGGCCGAUUCGUGGACCUUCGUAGAUUGCUGCUGCACACAAAGAAUUGCGAAAAGAAGGAGGAUGACGAGUUGGCGUUGUUCUCCCCGGUCAGUGUGCUCGAAGCAUACAGCACGCGCCUUCUAUGAAGCACGCUGCCUCUAGCAGCAACAGCAGUAUCAAUAUCGUAACAACACUGUGACAAGCGACUCUUGCACUUAUACAACAACGAGUACAACCAAUAUUAUCAAUGCUGCAGUUACUUCGAGUAGCCGCGACAACUUCUUGCCGUCGUUUCAGUUCUGUGGGUUCCGUGCCCCACAUAAUCUGCGGGACAGUGUUGUUAGAGAUGGGGCCGAACGCAAACUGUCGUUCAUACUUAUAUUUAAGCAGCAGCUGCCUCCGCUGCUGAUGUUCUGCCGCUUGUUGAUGUGCGUAAAGCCUUUGCCACUGUCGUAAUUGUUAGCCGUUUGUGGUUGUUUUUACCUGUUCUUUGGCGCACGCCUGCUGCUCCUGCUGGCCUUACUCCUGUCCUUGUUGUGGAAGUGUGUCGUUUGGGUAUUGUUGUGUUCGAGUGUCGAUCGGUGCGCUGUCGGCUUAAGCCUCUCAUCGAGGACGGUGCUGAAGUUAGGGUCAUCAGCGUUCCCGUCGCCCCGACCGUGAAAGAGUCGUCGUAGAUGCAGUGUAGAACACGAACGUUGUCCUUACCUAGCACUAGAAAAACCGGGUGAAUGAGCUGAUCAAUAAUCACAGACAAAGUGGUGUUACGUCAGACGGCGAGAGCCAAAGGUAGAAGCGAGCUUCGAAGGACAUGGUGCCGGAAAAGCCCGUCGCUGUAAAGCACACACUACGGCGACAGCUAUCGCACUUCUGUCGUACUCCAAGUCAUUCGGGUUUAUUUUGUACCAGUUAAUGUGUCGGGGUCGAUGCAGGCUUGAGCGGUAUAUUCCACAAGUUCAUGGCUCAUCUGAACGUGCUGAACCACAAACAAUACAAUGGAAACCUCAUCGCUCAUUCCAACGGCAAUGGUAUCACCGGUGGCUGAUGUCGAAUCAGCGGUUGAACGCGUCCUAUCGGGAUUCGAUUGGACCCUCGUGCUGCCAGUCUCGGCGAUCCGUAAACCUUCGCUAGCGUCGCAAAAAAAACGAUUGCAUAUCAAGCGACCCAUGAACGCGUUCAUGGUAUGGGCCCAGGCUGCCCGCCGUAAAUUAUCCGAUCAUCACAAAAGCCUACAUAACGCGGAACUUUCAAAAACGUUGGGCAGACUUUGGAAAAAAUUGACCGAAGACGAAAAACGGCCAUUUGUCGAAGAAGCUGAAAGGUUACGAAGUCUUCAUAAAAAAGAAUAUCCUAAUUACAAAUACCAGCCACGGCGGAAAGCUAAGAGCGAAGAGGCCACUCCUAGGCAAAAUCUCACUCAGAGAUCCAAUGGCGCUUCACAACCUGGUUCCAGCAAGAUGAAUUACUUUCGGCCAAAACCAAAUAGCAAGAACACUGAUAGCUCCAUUAGUAGCAAUUGUAACAAUUCUAUUCAACAAAAUAAAAAAAAAUCUCUCCAAGGCGCUCCUAGUAACGAUGCGCUGUGUCAAGCUGCCGUGGACCCAUCGGCAUCGCCAAACAGGAGUCGACCCUUCGAGGUGGAUAGUCAUCCAGCUUUCACCAUAGAGCCGAACAAAACGUUCGGCUCGCUUGGCAGUUUACCAAUGUCAUUUCCCUACGUCACAACGGCACCGGAGUCCACUGCUUCGAGUUAUACUCAGACGAAUGAUUUGCACGACACAUGGACGUCGUAUCAUAGCAACACAGUUUCCUCCGCCGGAGAUACGACAAAUAGACGGAUCGCUUUUGAAGACUUUAUUCUGUGA